AGCUGGCUCGGGGCCUCAGACCUCUGCCCUCCUCCUGCCCUGUCCCUUCUGUUAGGAAUCCCAGGCUGUCCUCUUGUCUGAGAAGCCAGAGCCCCAGCGCUCCACUGCCAGGGAGGGAGUGCCUGGCAGUGGAGGCAGCAGCUGGAGGAGAGGGCAGGGUCUGGGGGCCGAGUCUGGAAGGGAAGGAGCUGCUGGCCAACGAGGGGUGAGCCGGCUGCUCCCUGACCUGCUGGGCUGGGAUCACACAGGACACACAGGGGUGAACAAUCCUACAUCACAGGAUUAGUGUGUGGAUUGACAAGACUGCGUGUGCAAGUGUGUACACAGGCCCCACACACAGUAGGCUCUCAACGAACUUGAGCAACCAGGGUAAUUGGAUGAAGUUGCUGAGCAUGUGUCACGUACCAAGGACUGAGAAGCCCCAGCCAGGUGCUGGCCUCCAGGGGGCCUUCAGGGCGCUGGGGGCAGGGGCAGCUGGGCAUAAGGUGGUUGGCGUGGGGGCUGCCUGGUUUGCAGAAUGCAGACAUGUUACCAAGGGCUGUGCUGCUCCCAGGGUUGCCAUCCACACUUGCACACUUGCCCGGUCAGUGUCCUGGGCCCACGUGAGGAUGCUGCUGUGUUUUCUUAUCUUCUCCAGUCUGGGUCUCCAAGUCUGGGGUGAUUCCUCUUGGGGCAAAACACAAGCUAAGCAGACAUCAGAGGGGCUGCAGUACCUGUUUGGCAACAUCUCCCAGCUCAUUGAGAAAGGCAAACUGGUGACAUCCCCAUGGCUCUCCACAGAUGUCUCUGCCAUGGUCUCACGCAAGGAGUGGGGGGCAGAGGCUGUGGGCUGCAGUACUCAGCUGACUACGCCAGUGGAUGUCCUCAUUAUACACCAUGUUCCUGGGCUGCAGUGUCACGACCAGACCGGGUGCAGUCAGAGGCUGUGCGAGUUGCAGGCCCACCACGCCCACAGCAACGGCAGGUGUGACGUGGCCUACAACUUCCUGGUGGGGGACGAUGGCAGGGUGUAUGAAGGUGUCGGCUGGAAUGUCCAAGGGAUGCACACCCAAGGUUACAACAACAUCUCCCUGGGCUUUGCCUUCUUCGGCACUAAGGAAGGCCACAGCCCCAGCUCUGCUGCCCUGUCAACCAUGGAGGGCCUCAUUUCCUCUGCUGUCCAGAAGGGACACCUGGCAUCCAGGUACAUUCAGCCGCUUCUUGUGAAAGGUGAGAACUGCCUGGUCCCUCAGCAGAAGGAGAGUCUGAAGAAAGGUUGUCCCAGUAGUGUCCCGCGGUCUGUUUGGGGGGCCAGGGAGGCCUACUGCCCCAGGAUGAACCUCCCAGCUAAGUAUGCCAUCAUCAUCCACACUGCUGGGAGGACAUGCAAUGUGUCGGAGGAGUGCUGCCUGCUGGCCCAGGACAUCCAGUCCCUCCAGAUGGACACAUUCAAGUUAUGCGAUAUUGGCUAUAACUUCCUUGUGGGCCAGGAUGGCCUCAUUUACGAAGGGGUGGGCUGGAACACCCAGGGAUCCCGCACCCCUGGCUACAACGACAUUGCUCUGGGCAUCGCCUUCAUGGGCACCUUCACAGCUUUCCCUCCCAAUGCUGUGGCGCUGGAAGCAGCCCAGGCCCUGAUCCAGUGCGCCGUGGUCAAGGGGUACCUGGCUCCUGACUACCUGCUGGUGGGCCACAGCGAUGUGACCAGCACCCUGUCCCCUGGGCAGGCUUUGUACAAUAUCAUCAGCACCUGGUCUCACUUCAAGCACUGAGGGGCCCUGGACCCUUCCCAAACUGCCUGUCCCUGCUGCUGGCUCACCUGUCCUCAUGACCCACCCUGGGUCCCCUCCCCUGCCAGCCCAGCCUGUACCCUCCCUCAGGUUAGGAUGACCAUGUCCUCUCCUGCUGGCAUCCUCCAGGGGCCCCAUGCCUAUGGCUGGGCACACAUAGCCCUCUGAGUCUGAGCCCAGCCGGCCUUGCCCUUCACCUUCCUUUCUCAGCCCAUCUUGCUGUGCUUCUGUCUCCCUGCAUGCGCCCCUGCCUGGUGGCCCCCUGCUGUCUACACAUGCCCAGGCGGCUGUGCCUGCCCUUCCUCUCUGUGCACGUGCAGUGGGAUGUGCAUGGAUGCACCUCUUGUUCCAGGCCCAUGGUUGUUUGUAGGUGUGUCAGUCCUUUCCGCAGGGCUGAGAGCUUCUCCAAGGGAGGAACUGUACUUUGUUUCUCUCUGUGUCCUCGGUUCCUCAGAGUGUCUGAAUUUAACAGAAAUAGACGAGUAAAUUAAUGAGUGAGUGGUUGCCUUGCCCAUCUGCUGUAAUCCCCUCUUUGGGGAGCCCCUGUCCCACUCGUUCCUGUUCCCAGGCUCAGAGCUGGCUCUGGUUGCUUGUCUGUAAUGGGUGCUGUUUUUCUAGGGUCUCCUAGGUGGGGAUAGGGAAGAGGAAAGAGGAAUGGGUGUUUUGUGUGUGGUAGGAGAAUAUAGGAGUUGACCAAUCAAAAGAGGUAGAAAAACUGCAAACCAAGACCUGGUAAAAACCACAGAUGGGGCAGACUGGAGCAUGGGAGCCAGGGAACUCUGAAUGUCCUCAACUGAUGGGGUGGAGAGCUGGUCAUUACCAUCUAAAUAGCAUUGGGGUUUUGACCCACCACGGGCUUUUAAAAUGAAUUCUGGGUAAACAGGUGUGCAUAGGUGAAGAAAUCUGUCAAUCACCCAAAGGCAGGAAAUGGAGGUCCUACCUAUUGAAGGGAGGGGCCUUCAGCUCAUCAUAGAAAACAAAUGUGUCCUAAGAGGCAGGGUUGUCAGGGGUCAGGGUCAUCUCCACUCUUAGAGACAGACCUGUUCCGUCUCUGCAGUGUACUGUACUUAAUAAAACUUUGUGCUUGGA